AGAAAGUAUGGUUCUUUGGGAAAAAAAUGCAAUCAUUGUCUCAUAAAGACAAAAGAAACAAGUGUUGUUUCAUUUUCAUUAUCCUCUUCUGCUCUUCACACUGCCCUUAUUACAUACUACAAGUUGAUACUUCUGUAGUUUGUUUUAUUCAAGGAUAGCACGAAUUUCUAAUCCAAAACAAAAAGAGACAUAAGAGUUUGUUUUUGUUUUUUUCCUUUGGGAAAGAUAGUGUUGGGGUUUAUAAAAAAAUAACUAUAUUAAUGGAUGUGGUACUUCAUGAAAUUGGAAAUGGAAACUAACACGUAUUAUAUUCGAUUCCUUUUAUAUCCAAACAUCAACCCCUUUGCGUAGUACUGUUCCACGCUGCUUUGCUUUGCUGCCUACAAAAAGUUUCAGCUCGUUUCUGGAAAUGAUUUGUUUUGAGUUGAAUAUUGAGGUGUCAACUUAGAUGUGAGGUUGGAAUCCGGGCACUUGGGUAUAUAUAACUAAUAAUACAAGAAGAGGUUUGAUAAGUAGGAGUCUGUGAUUCAAAUCAAAGUUAGUAAUGGAGGAUUCAGGUAGUCAGUCCAUUGUGAUUCACAGGCUCCAUCCCUAACCAUGGCUGAGGUUGCAACGAGGCAAUCCCUGUUGUUUCAAAUCAUAGUCAAAUUUUUUCUCUUCACAAGCAUUCUGGACAAGGCGAAUGCGGGGAUAACAAGCACAUUCGUACGGUCAGUGUGGCCGGCAGCUGAUAUCCCUCUUGAUGAUGAAGCAUUUGCAGUUCCAAAUGGUUAUAAUGCACCGCAACAAGUUCACAUCACUCAAGGUGAUUAUGAUGGUAGAGCUGUAAUAAUCUCAUGGGUUUCACCCAAUGAACCAGGAUCAAGUAAAGUACAAUAUGGAAAAUCUGAGAAUAAAUAUGAGUUCACAGCAGAGGGAACAGUCAGCAAUUACACUUUCUACAAAUAUAAGUCCGGUUAUAUCCAUCACUGCCUUGUUGACAACCUUGAGUAUAACACAAAAUACCACUACAAAAUUGGGAGUGGUGAUACAGCCAGAGAAUUUUGGUUCGAAACACCUCCAGCGAUCAAUCCAGAUACACCUUACAAAUUCGGUAUUAUUGGAGAUUUGGGGCAAACAUAUAAUUCCCUUUCCACUCUGGAGCAUUACAAGCAGAGUGGAGCCAAGGCAGUCUUAUUUCUGGGAGAUCUUUCAUAUGCUGAUAGAUAUCAGUUUAAUGAUAUUGGCUUACGUUGGGAUACGUGGGGUCGGUUUAUUGAACGAAGCACUGCAUAUCAACCCUGGAUUUGGAACAUUGGAAAUCAUGAAAUCGAGUACUUCCCUGAUUUGGAAGAAGUUACUCCUUUCAAAUCCUACCUCGAACGAUACACUACUCCUUAUAAGGCAUGCAAAAGUAGCAGCCCUCUUUGGUAUGCAAUCAGACGCGCAUCUGCUCAUAUAAUUGUCCUCUCCAGUUAUUCUCCAUUUGUGAAAUACACGCCUCAAUGGACGUGGUUGAGAGAAGAACUUGGAAAGGUUGAUAGGGAGAAGACACCGUGGCUGAUUAUUCUUAUGCACGUUCCAAUCUAUAACAGCAACAGCGCACACUUCAUGGAAGGCGAAAGCAUGAGAAGUGUCUUCGAGAAUUGGUUUGUUGAAUACAGAGUUGAUGUCAUCUUUGCUGGACAUGUUCAUGCUUAUGAAAGAUCAUAUAGAAUUUCCAAUAUAAGGUACAAUGUUACAAGUGGUGAUGCUUACCCUGCACCAGAUGAAUCAGCUCCAGUUUACAUAACAGUCGGAGAUGGAGGAAACAAAGGUGGUCUUGCUGAAAGAUUUCUUGAUCCACAACCAAACUAUUCUGCAUUCCGAGAAGCAAGUUAUGGGCAUUCAACGUUGGAGAUCAUGAACCGAACACACGCACUUUACCAUUGGAACCGCAAUGACGAUGGGAAGAAGUUGGCCACCGAUGCCUUUGUGCUGCGCAACCAGUACUGGGCUAACAAUCACUUGAAGAAGCAAUACCUGAGGAGUGUUGUUGGAGGGAUUGCCAUUUAGUGAAGAAGCAUAUAAAGCGCAUUUGCAUGGUUUCAAAGAAAGAAGGAAAGGAAAUAAUGCUAUUGGAUAAGCAAUUCUACUUUUUAAGCUCUACAAAAAACUACAUGAUAUGACAUGACCUGUUAAUAUUAGGUCCCAUACAUCCAAAUUUUAAUAAAAAAAAAUAUGUUGAAA